GACAUCCUACGAUUUCGCGGUUCGUACGUCGAAUAAUUUCAAGCCAAUCGACCCUCCCGACGUCCCUAACGCCCCGUGAAUGUCGUGCCCGUUGUCACACGGAAUCGAGUCUUGAUGCGCACCGAGUCGUUGGCCGAAAUGGAGAACAGGUUGUCGGACGCGUCGACACCGUCUUAUCACAACAUGCCGAAGGAAUCGAAGAGGCGAUCCAGUCUCCUAAACAAUACAAUGGACGCGUGGAACUCUGGCCAGCAGAACAGUCAGGAUGGCGAUCAGAUGGUGUCGAGUAUGGAGUAUCAUCCUCCAAUGAUGAUGUGGCCGUCGAACAUGCCACAGAACAUGAAGAGUAAUGGUCAACGUCUGUUCACCGCAAUGUCUGAUCCGAGUGUAUGCUGCUAUUCGCCGAUGCCAGUUACAUAUACCAUGCAGCCAGUUUCACUGCCACCCAUGUACAGCCUGUACCAACCUGUACCGAUGACGAAUGUUAGAGCCGUCCAUCAUAAUACAUCUAGGCCUGUCCGUAGCAAGCGUUUACCAAACGCUUGCUUCAAGGCUGGCAAUAACGCUGCCAAUGGCUACGGCAAUGCACAGGAAAACGGUUUAGAGUCCGCUAUAUAUAUUGCUCAUCAGAACGGAGAUUACGCUAGUCUACCACCCACUGCCGACAGUGGUAUCAAUGGAGAUGAACUGAAUUCAGAACACAGAAGAUAUUCCGAUCCCGGGCUCGAUCCUGCCAAGGUUUCCUCUCAUCUGGACAGCGAUGAUUCUGUCGAGAGCGAAAGUUCGGUUAUCACAAUUGGACGCACCAAUAAACUGGCGUUGUCGCUCAUGGAACAGAUAACAGAUCUGAAGAAGUAUAACAGCCAAAUGUUUAAAGAACUCAGUGUAACCAAAUCAUAUUUUGAGAGUAUGAAAGCUGAAUUGGUACAAUACAAACACUGUGCCUCUUCAGACUAUCAACCUGGAAUGUUAUCAGAAUUUAUACGUAAAAUCAAAGAGGCCUACAAAAAAUAUGAAGGAGGGUUAGUUACGAAGGUGACGUCCAUGUUGGAGGAGAGGUAUAGUCAGCAGACUACAGAAAUUGAAGAGAACAUUGGGCAGUCGUGGGGAAGUACGCUUCCAUCCGGCGGCGCCUUCUCUACCCGUCACCGAACCAUUUCCCCUCCGAACUCGUUGCCAAGNAAGGUGACGUCCAUGUUGGAGGAGAGGUAUAGUCAGCAGACUACAGAAAUUGAAGAGAACAUUGGUUAG